AAAAGCAAGAAAGAAAGAAAGAAAGAAAGAAAGGACGGAAGAAAAGAAAAGAAAAAGAAACCAUUCCCAUUACAUUACAUUAACAUGUAAUUCAGUCCAUGCAUGGAUGAUUCAUGAGAUGGGUUAUGGUGUAGUAUUUGUGUGUAGUUGGUGUGUCCGUUUGGUGCUUUUGUAAAUUCUGUGCCAAUUUUGCAAAUGCCAUUUCUCUCUUUCUUUCUCUCUCUUCACACCUCUCCCUCUUUUCUCAAUUCUCUUGAGAACCUCUUCUUCUUCUUCACGCCGCCUCUCUUCCUGACCUUAUCACCAACAACACUUGCACUCUCUUUGCAUUUUCUUUGAAAAUCAAAGAAAAAUAAACACCGAUCAUCCUUUUAAGGAUUCUGUUCUUUGUUCUUUUAUGUCUUUGUUCACUUCAGCCAUGGCUUUGUUGUGUCUCUCAUGCUGACUCCUCUGUCACUGGGCUUGUGUUUGGAUCUACAUUUGCCUUGUAGACAUUGCUUUGUUGGACAGGAGAGGAAUUCUCAAUAACUUUACAAUAUAGAAAAAAUGGAAGUUGGAAGAACUGAAAUAGACUUCGAUGAAUUUGAGAAGCUACUUGGAGAGAUACCAAAUGCUACUUCUGGGAACCCACAUUCGGAGGAAUCUGCACCUAAAAGUGCGUCUCUAAAUGGCAGCUUGGGACCCAUUUGUGUGAAUUCCUAUAAAGGGCCUUUGACUGAAAAACUCCAAAGCAAUGUAAGUCUGGAUGAAAGAAAACGGUUAAUCAACAAAACUCAAGGACCUCCCAUCAAGAGAGUCCAAUCAGAGGAAGCAAACCUGCCUGAUGAUCAAUCCUUGACAUCUGCAUUUUCUGAUUUGAGCUUCAAUAGUGGCAGCAUCUCAGCCAAUUUUAAGUCCUCACCGAAUCACAUUGUUUCAUUAGAUUGCAAACUCGCUAACAGCAUGAAGAAUUUGGUUCCCAAUAUAAAUUCAUCAGUGGCUGGUGCUCCAUCUUUCCAAUCUCCAAAUACUACUAUAUCUUGUGAUUUUGAUGGAUACAAUGUAACAAAAGUUGGCCAGGAAAGUUCAAAUUUGUUAAACCUUAAUGCUCAAGAACCAAAACAGAUGCCAAUUGGUUAUUGUCAGCCUCAAACAAUUGAAAAUUUCUCCACUGCCUUGCCAGUUGCUCAUGGGGUGCAAGGUUUUCAGCUCCUUUCUAAUGUGGCUGUGCCUGGUGUUGAGUUUCCGUUAAUGUCCGAUCAGCGGCAGUACUUUACGGAUGUUCAACCUGUGCUUCCUUGCAUACAUUCACAACAGUUAAAUCAGCCUCACAUCAGCUGGAGGAAUAUUGAGGAGGAGCAAUUUUAUAGGAUGCAUCAACAAUACCUGUAUCUGCAGCAAUUGCGCAAUCAACGGCUGGAAGCACAGCAUCCUAUUCAAACAAAUGGAAAUGUGGUACCAAAGUUGAUGAAUCGGAAUGUUAGACAACCGUAUUUUGAGAUGCCAAUCUCUCGUCAACUUCAACAAUCUAAUCAAGAACCAUUUUGGAAUAAUUAUGCCGCAACAAGGGGUCUGAACCAGUCGCGAAAUGGUAUAAAUGUUUUGGAUAAAUUAGGAAAACAGAGUUUUCCUGAAAAGAUUUUAACAAGAUCACAAGGACUGAACACACUUAAAGCUGUGAAGUUUGGCUCAGUGGGAGGAAAUGAAGCACUUGCCAAUGUCAAUCAGAAUGGGAAAGUUAUAACAAAUGGUAACCUGCGUCACAGCUUAUCCACCCCAAGUGCUGGGUGCUUUCAAUUAGAUAAUCUGAAUCUGUGGAAUAUGUCUCCUGAUAUUACUGAUCUUAAAAGUGAUAACCUUAGGCCUCAGCCUCAGAAAUAUAAUUCCGUGGAUGAAGUCACUGGUAGGGUAUAUCUUAUGGCAAAGGACCAACAUGGUUGUCGCUUCUUGCAAAGAAAAUUCUCUGAAGGAACUCCACAAGAUGUUGAAAAGAUUUUUCUUGAGGUCAUUGAUCAUAUUGUUGAGCUGAUGACAGACCCUUUUGGGAAUUACCUUGUCCAGAAGUUGCUUGAAGUGUGCAAUGAGGAUCAGAGAAUGAAAAUACUUUGUGCCAUCACUAGAAAACCUGGGGAACUUGUUAGGAUUUCAUGUGACAUGCAUGGGACUCGGGCUGUUCAGAAGGUAAUUGAAACACUUACGGCUCCAGAGCAGUUUUCCAUGGUAGUCUCCUCACUCAAGUCUGGUAUUGUGACUUUGAUAAAAAAUAUGAACGGUAACCACGUUGCACAACGUUGCUUGCAGUAUCUAACACCUGAAUACAGCGAGUUCCUUUUUGAAGCUGCAACUGCUAACUGUGUUGAACUUGCUACCGAUCGCCAUGGUUGUUGUGUACUUCAAAAAUGCCUCAGUCAUUCUGAGGGCGAGCAAAGACGCCGUUUAAUCUGUGAGAUCACGUCAAAUGCUCUAAUUCUUUCCCAAGAUCCAUUUGGGAACUACGUUGUCCAAUUUGUGUUUGAGCUUCGGCUUCCUUGGGCAACAGCUGAUAUUCUUGAUCAGCUGGAUGGUAACUAUGGGGACUUGUCUAUGCAGAAAUAUAGCAGUAAUGUGGUAGAGAAAUGUCUAAAAUAUGCAAGUGAGGAUCGCCGUGCUCAUGUUAUCCGGGAACUGAUAAAUAAUGCUCACUUGGAUCAAGUCAUGCAAGAUCCUUAUGGCAAUUAUGUUAUUCAAGCAGCACUGCAUCAAACAAAGGGAACGCUUCACGUUGCAUUGGUGGAGGCCAUAAGACCCCAUAUUCCUGCGCUUCGAACCAGUCCAUAUGGAAAGAAAGUCCUCUCUAAUAAUAGUUUGAAGAAGUAAUCUAUAGGCUUUACACUUGAGUUCCUCAAGAAGUUGCUGUAAAUUCUGUAAUAAGCAGGUAAAGAAAAGCUCUGAACUCAGCUCUAUCGCUUUGGUCUUUUGAAGCUUUAGACCUGGAAAGAAAAUUAUGAGAAGAUGCCUCUUUUGACAACUUAUCUGAACCGAUGAAAAGGGGAAAUUUUGGAGGUUUUUUUUGCUUCUAUUUAAUUCAUCUCUCCUUAGGCAAUUUAAGAGCGAAUUCCGCUCGCCAGUGGGAUCCAUAUGUUUGUAGAUCGGCAUUUUUGUUUCUCCUCUCUUUUUGCAUAGAAAUAAAGAAAGGUGAAGAUGUAGAGUUCAUUGAGGCUUAUGGCAUAUUUGUAAUAUGGGUUUUUUUGAUCCAAGCUCAAUGCUUGGUGGGCAGCUACAGGUUGUAAGGGCUUUAUAGGCUACCUGGUUUUGCAUGUUUGGCAUUCACUCUUGUGAUGUACAUUUCAUGUUCAUAUGUUGCCAAACUUUGGAUAUCUAUUUAUCCUAUACAUAAUUAUGCUUCUUUUUCCAA